AGGAGGAGACGGGGCGAAGGAAGGAAGCCAGGCGUCUCCAUCUGGCCCCCGCGAUUCUCUCUUGCCACCAGGAGACUUGAAAGAGAGAGGAAAUAAAAGGAAGAUUGCAGAAGAGCUGCGCUGAUUGAUUUGUCUGCCACCCUGUCCGCCACAGAAAGCUCUGUCAGGUGACAGCAUAUCUUGAAUCAUGGGGAGCAGUAAGAGCAAACCCAAAGACCCCAGUCAACGGAGGCGCAGUCUGGAAUCCACAGAAAAUAUCCAUGGUGGUUGCUCUGCCUCCCAGACACCCAGCAAAACCACAGUGUCAGAUACUCAUCGGACUCCCAGUCGUGUAUUUGGAACAACUACCACAGAACCAAAACUCUUUGGUGGCUCAAAUACAUCUGAUAUGGUUACCUCUCCUCAGCGCUGCGGGCCUCUGGCUGGUGGAGUCACCACCUUUGUGGCCCUCUAUGACUAUGAAUCACGAACAGAAUCAGACCUUUCUUUCAAGAAAGGAGAACGCCUCCAAAUCCUCAACAACACCAGCCAGAUUUGGUUCAGAUUCAAAUGGCUCCAAAGGGAAGGAGAUUGGUGGCUGGCUCACUCGCUCACAACUGGCCAGAAAGGCUACAUCCCCAGUAACUAUGUUGCACCCUCAGACUCCAUCCAGGCUGAAGAGUGGUAUUUUGGCAAGAUAACCCGCCGAGAGUCAGAACGGUUACUACUCAAUCCAGAGAAUCCCCGGGGGACAUUCUUGGCAAGAGAAAGUGAGACAACAAAAGGUGCCUACUGCCUCUCUGUCUCAGAUUUUGACAAUGCCAAGGGACUCAACGUGAAGCAUUACAAGAUCCGCAAGCUGGACAACGGUGGCUUCUACAUCACUUCCCGCACACAGUUCAGCAGCCUUCAGCAACUGGUGGCCUAUUACUCCAAACAUGCAGAUGGCUUGUGUCAUCGUCUCACCAAUGUCUGCCCAACCAGCAAGCCUCAAACACAAGGUCUGGCAAAGGAUGCUUGGGAAAUCCCCCGGGAGUCACUGCGGUUAGAGGUGAAGCUUGGGCAAGGCUGUUUUGGAGAAGUGUGGAUGGGGACCUGGAAUGGCACCACCAGGGUGGCAAUAAAGACUCUGAAACCUGGGACAAUGUCUCCAGAGGCAUUUCUGCAGGAGGCACAGGUCAUGAAGAAGCUGCGCCAUGAGAAGCUGGUGCAGCUCUAUGCUGUGGUUUCGGAGGAACCCAUUUAUAUUGUAACAGAAUACAUGUGUAAAGGGAGCCUCCUGGAUUUCUUGAAAGGGGAGAUGGGCAAGUACUUGAGGCUGCCCCAACUGGUAGAUAUGGCGGCUCAGAUUGCAUCUGGCAUGGCUUAUGUGGAGAGAAUGAACUACGUACACAGAGAUCUCCGAGCUGCCAACAUCCUUGUGGGGGAAAAUCUGGUGUGCAAGGUAGCUGACUUUGGACUGGCCCGGCUGAUUGAGGACAAUGAAUACACGGCAAGGCAAGGUGCUAAAUUCCCCAUUAAGUGGACUGCCCCAGAAGCUGCUCUCUAUGGCCGGUUCACUAUCAAGUCAGAUGUAUGGUCCUUUGGAAUACUGCUGACUGAACUGGCCACGAAGGGCCGAGUACCAUAUCCAGGUAUGGUGAACCGGGAAGUGCUUGAUCAAGUAGAGCGAGGCUACCGGAUGCCCUGCCCACCAGAAUGCCCAGAGUCUCUGCAUGAUCUGAUGUGUCAGUGUUGGAGGAAGGAUCCUGAGGAGAGGCCGACCUUUGAGUACCUCCAAGCUUUCUUGGAGGACUAUUUCACAUCAACAGAGCCUCAAUAUCAGCCAGGCGAGAACCUAUAGAUCUGGGAACAGAAUUCAGUGCCAAAGACUCUAUGCUGCUCCUACUGCAUAUGUGCUCAAGCGAGAGACUUUGAGCCAUACUUGAAACAUGUCUGGAGCACCUGCCAGGGUCUCUUCCUCGUUCUGCUGAUUUGCCCUUCCUUUUGAGGAUGGUACGGGGGGGCCUUUGUUAAACAGAUGUGGUGCCCUUGGCUGUUAUGGGUUACCUAAGGCCUCAAUAGGUCAUAAAUUAGCAGUGUCAUGGUUCUACUUUUUGAUAUGAAGUUGGCUACGGUGCAGAAAAACAGGGUUUCAGGAAAGCCAAGUUCUUCCAAAAGAGAAGAGGCCAAAUGAAAACCAGGGAUCCUAUUCCUAUGGGCCGCCUGCCCUCUGGAGUCUGCCCUCCCUCCAGACCAUCCUUCACAUCCAUCAGCAAGAACAUGGCAAUGCUGCGUCUGAUGGUGAUGAUGUGGGCUACUUCAUGGCUGCAUGGCUUCAAAGCACUUGGGUCAUCUCUGAUUGACUUGGUGGUGAUGCUACAGCAUUAUGCCUUUUCAAAUUCAUAUGGCUUCUGUUCUCCUUUAUGUCUGAAACCAGCACAGUUUCCCCUUUCCUUGUCCCAUCCAAACCCUACUGCGUGGAGUUGGACUGACUGCUUCACUCCAGGAAAAACUGGCAGCCCACUUAUAUUUGGAACAUGUCACAUUUCCAUGUACUUAUGGUCCUCUUUUUUUAAUAUGUGUAUAUAUGUACAAUCUGCCACUGUUCUCUUCUGGGCCAUGAGGAUGUGUCACUGUCUGCCCAGUCUUGUCUUGUGUGUGUGUGGUGCACUUGCUCUUAGCCAUAGAAGAAACAGGACUCAGGGUGCUGGGUUUGCAGUUCAGUUGUAGGGUUUGGUUCAUCUUUGCCUUGGAACAGCGAUAGCAAACAUGGUGCCCUCCAGAUUUUAUUGAACUAUGAUUCCCAUCAUGCCUGAUCAUUGACUGUAUUGGUUGGGACUGACGGGAGAUGUAGCCCAACAAUAUUAGGAGGGCACCACAUUGGUUACUUUGAUGUUGAACUGAAGGAACUUCUUGAGGAGGUCAUACUCUGCAGUUGAUUAGGGAUUUUAAUUUUGAUGCUUGUGGUAGUGUUGGCUUGCGCAUUUUUUAGAGCUGUGUUUGUUCUUGGACUGCAGGCUUGUCUUCCAGCCUAGCCUUUCAACCCUAAUAAAGUGAAAUUAUGAACAGAAAUGUCUUAGACUGGCAAGAAGGGAUAUACUCUACCUGGGUCGUAAGUCCCCUGAAUGCCAGCUGUUAGCCCAGGGAAUAAAAGUCUUCCACAUGGCAUUUUAAGAAUUCAUCAAGUACACGGUUCCUUCUCUUUUCCACAUCAGUGCAUCUUAAUCUUAACCAUUUCCAAGGCUCCUUGGUCCCUCAGGGGCAUAAUAUUGCUGCUGGGCAAACUUCAGCUGAACAAGUUGCUCUGCAGUGCUGCAUCAGCACAGUGGGUGCACUUCUGGUUCAGACAGGGUAAAGAGGCCUUGCAUUGCCCUGCCAUCUGAGGGCAGCCCCCUUCUCCCAUACAGUAUGUGAGUAAGUGAUGCACAUGGGGAAGAAGAAAUCCAACAAAGAAAGUAGCAAAGUACAUAAAACCCUGCAAAACUUGGCUUUUGUCCUCCCUCCCUAAACCUGCUUCCCAGUGCUAUAUGAUCCGCAGGAUGACCCCUUGCUGGAGAGAAUUUUAGGUCAGGGGUUUAACCCAGCCCUGUUCUAAAACUACUGAUAAGAGCUUGCAAUCUCCACAUAGGCCCCUUCUACAGAGCAAUCCUUUAAGAAAUGCAAGUCCCUGUUUAUGCUUCUGAUUUGGUUAUGACCUAAAACUAGUUCCAAUUAUUCCUAGGGUACAAAUCAUGCCAAAUGUCCUUGUUUUGCCUCUUCUAUCUUCCUUCCAUCUUUUAAAGCCUUAUUGGCUGAAGCAGUGGGGGAAAGUGAGGACAAUAGCUGAACCCUGUGAAGUACUAAUGAGCAAGCUGAAUGUUACAUUCCACUGCCUGUAUUUUUUCCUCUAGUAAACUAAAGGCAGUCACUAGGCUGUGAGUUUCACCAAAGGAGCAUUAGGGGGAAGGGCUGCUUAAACUUGUGCGUUCUGGCUGUCUUUCAGUUAAAAUUACCCCUUCCCGAGCUGAUUCGGAGUGGAGGGGAGACUGGGAGGAAAAUGGUUAAGCUGAAGUGCAGGUAGAUACAGAUCAUGUGGUGUUACUCUGCUAAAAACUCACAGCACAAUAUACUGCUUUCAGUUCAAAAAAGCAAAUUUCAGAGAAGAGAAAUAUGCAACUACAUUCAGUGUAUAGUUUGGCCAUAAAAGUCCUUAAAAAUGGAUGUUCAGACUUCUGCUGGAUCACACCCUGUGCAGUCUCUUCCUUGAUCACUUGUCACUUUCCACAUAUCCUGCAGAGCUUUCCAUACUCAUAUCCAUCCUGCUGCACAUCAGGAGCUGUUUUUAACAGCAGCUGGCAUUUGAGCAGCUGGUUGCAGUUUACAUUUCAGCUUGUGCAUAUGCAACAGAAUUCAACUUGGCAAUCUUUGCACUGUCGGAGGGGGGAAGCUUUUAGAAUCAACUAUCAGUCUGUUUUAAAAUCAGCAAGAUGACGCGUCUCUGAAUGCAUGCCAGAAUCAGCCCCUUCUUGGGAAAGAGCAAGGAACCGAACAAGAUGGAGACUUGGGCACCAGUACCUAGUCCCAUCAGCAGCUGGUGCUGCAGCGACCUUACUCCAUGACCUUCACUCACACAGAGGAGCAAAAUAUAUAAAGCUGCAGUGGACUUGGCUGGAGCAUGCCUGUUACAUUAGCGCUUGUUAGGCCAAGGAAUCUGCACCCCAAGGGCAGAUGGAGUAAUUGUGCACAUCACGCUAGGGGAGACCUGAGAUGCACUCCAGGAGCUGGCAUGAGAGUUCAGACUUGGAGCCACGUUGAUUUGUUAACUAGGGCAAUUCUACACACAACACACUGCAUCCCAGACUCACAGCCUCAAAGGGACUGAAAGGGCGAUUUUUCCAAAGUGCCUGUUGUGUGGGCUGUGAGUUGAGGCUGAUUAAUAUUUUUAAAAAAAACAAAAAACCAACAAGAUUGCUUCAGCAUCUUAACUUUUUUUAAACCAACAAGAUUGCUGCAGCAUCUUGUCAGAAAACUCUCACUAGUGAAAGGUGGGUCUCCUUGUCACUCAAGGUAAGCUUUCAGCUGUCACUCCCUCAACAAAAUGCAGUGUGCUUGUCUAUCCAACUAAGUCUUACUUGGAGGAGAGCCACUGAAAUUAAGGAACAUGAAAUAAAUGAACCUAAGUUAGUCAUAUUCCUUAAUUUCAAUGGGUCUGCUGUGAGUAGGACUAGCAUUGGCUACAACCCUUAUAUUUGGGCAUUCCAUGAUUUCUACCAAAACAUUAAUGGACUAGAGCCAAGUGCCUCUGUGCAAAUAUAUACAGCAACAUUUGACCAGGUUUGAACCCAAAUAGUUACACUUGCUUCCUUUGACACAAGACAGAUAGCUGAAUGAUUCCAUAUCUAGCACUUCUACUGGAAAUCCCAAAUCUAUAGAGAACUAGCCGUCCCUCCCCACCUUUAAAGUCCUAUUAAAACCAAUUAAACUUGUUCAGCCACAAGUAUGACUGACACUCUCUGGCUUGAGGCCUAUGGUUGCCACUAAGUCUCAAGCCUACAGUCCAUGAAACAGCCCUAUUCCUACAGAGAACAGCAGCUCUUGGCCCAUGUUUGGAGUGGAACUUUGCCAUCGUCACACUGCAGAGCGAGAAAGUGUAAUGAACGCCAAUUCCGCAGUUUUCUCCAAUGUGGCCUGCCACCAUCCACAAAACCCUUUCUAAGCGAUAUGCAAAUAGAUCUGCCUUCUGUUGCAAUGGUUACUUCUAAUGUACAGAAAACCCUUCUGCAGUGCACCACACUUUUUAUUAGGAGAAUUUCUUAACAGCUGUAAAAUAGCCCCUUCCCCCUUUGUAUAUAGCUCUUGAGUCCUCUGAGUUGUUGCUCAGUGGCUUUGGAUAUUGAUUUAAGUGCAUGUGACUCUUAAAAGUGAUAAGAAUGUUUGUUGCAAUUGUACUUAGCUGGAAUUCAUUGUUGUCGCCGUGCCAUCACUUGGUCAUCUUACUUUUUCAUGCCUAAAGUUUGGAAGGUCUCCAAUGUGCCAAAAAAAACCCCAAAACCUCCAAGGGCAGAGUCCUCCAUUUAUCCGAUUUUCCCUUAUUCAGGACCAAUUUCUGGCAGGACUGGGUUUCCAAGAACUUAAUUGUUUUAGACAAGUAGCUGUCUUGUUGCUUCAUUCAUUCUCUGUUUUGCCAUCUCAUUUGAGCAGGAUGUUUUUGCUGCUGUUAUCAGCUCAGUGUUAGACUGGGAAAGGGGUUUUGGAGGGCGGGGUUUUGCUCAGAAAGGUCCAAAGUGGAGAUUUGAUACCUCUUAUCUCAUUCAAAGAGAAAGGUCCACAGUUUUUGAACGGAGGACCUCUGUCCACCUCAAAGGUAAUUUGACUCAACCAGAGAUUCUUUCUGCCAGAGAUAGAGCACAGCUGAGAAGGCACCAAAAAUGGUAUGAAGUUAUGGCAAGAUUUUGUGUGCUUCCCCGCCACUCAGUCCUGCACCCUUGCCUGUUGGCAGGAGAAGGGACCUGGAAUGGGGCAGAGUUCCCAUAUUUUGCACAAGCUCCUUUCCCAAAAAGUCCAGAUUCAAGUUUUUAUGAUGCUGAAGACCAGACCUCAGUAUCUUUUUGAGGUUACUGAGCCAAAUCUCCAUCUUAUGCCAAGUAAGUGUGUGUACCUCAGAACCGCAAAACGCUCAGUGCAUCAUAGCAAUAGUGUUUAAAAUUUAGUCAUGGGUUCUCUUAGGUGCCUGUACUUUCAAACAAUUGCUUUGUUAUAUGCCAAAAUCCCCACCUCCUGCAGAACUUCUAGUAAAAUGCAUACUUUUAUUGUGUUGGGAACAGGGUCUGCUUUCCUUUUUCCAAUGCGUUGUAGGAGAUAAAGGGCAGCAACUUACCCCCUGCCUUUCUAUAUCUCUUCUACACUGCUUAUUCAUAAUAUGCCUUAUGCGUGCUUUUUUCCAUAUGUACCCAAAAGACUAUAUGCUGGGUUUUUUAAAAAAAUAAUAAUCAUUUUCUCAGAUGUAUUGAAUUCAAAUUCUGCUCCUAUGAGGACCACUUCAGCAACAUGCCACAUCAAAUGAGAAAGGAACUAAGCUGGGAAUUGAGGUGACUGUGCCUUCCCAAACCUCAAAACAUUCGGUUCUCUUUCUAUUCCUUUGCCAAGCUGAACAUUCCCUUGUACCUCCUUCACAUCCAGGACUGAGAAUGACUUUGCCCCUUCAGCCUUUUUUUUAGUAUUCCAGUAUGCCAGUGUAUAUUGAAUUCACAUCAGAACUUUCCUUUGUUAAAGCAUGGUUAUUUGGAACACCAAUGUGGGCUGACAAUUAGCCCACAUGGGAAACAGCCUUUUGUUUUGUAUUUUAUUUUUUGGUGAAAUGCUGCUCCUAGCUCUAGUCUUGUUCGCUUUCUAUAAUAGUCCAUCCUAACUGAGGUGGCAAAUCGGCAAAUCUGUGCCUGGGUUGUGCCACUUUUGAACUGAGCAAAGGUUCAUAUGAUUGCAAGGUUUUCCCUACAACAAAGAAAAAUAAUCCAUCUACAAAACUCUUUUAAAGUGGGGGGUAGGCUAAAUCCCUUCUGAUACUUAAUUCCCUGUGCAAGGGGGGAGUUGACCGUAUGACCCACCUGCAAUUUACAAAGUGCAGCCUAGAUGCAAGUUUUCUGCCUCUCAGAACUAGACCUAAAAAUCCAGUCUCUUAAAUCUGUGAUCGAGCCAUUACCUCCUGGUGUAAUAUUACUGUAUUUAGGGGGUUUUCUUUAGCACCAUUCAUUUGUGAGCAGGACUUACAUUGGGGUAUUCAAAUUAUGUGACCAGGGUUGUUUUUUUGUACAAGCUGGAACAGUUGUUUUACCGGAGUGAUGGGGUGUGUGGCAUCCUUCACUCCAAGGAGAUGCCAGAUUUGUUGUUUCUGUUCAAGUAUGUCAAGAAACCCUUUUUGCUGAGAUGGAAGGAAGGAAUAACUUUAUUUUUAAAUGUCAGCCACCACGGAGAAACAGCUUCUUGACAAAUACAAAAUGAAACAUAUACCUAACUGGGAAAUGCUUCAGUGUAGGAGCUAAAACCAGUCUCUGUGUGCGUAUGUGUACGUGUGUAUAUAUAAUAUAUAUAGAUAUUAAUGUAUAAAGAAUCCUUUUUUCCAAGUAUGUACAUUUUUUUAUAUAAAAAAAUCAAGACAAGUAGAUCAGUUUAAAACCACAGAUUUCUCUUCUGCUUUUGGUAUAGCAAUAAUGAUUAUGAAUACUAAUUUAAAUGAACAGUGUACUUAAUCUUACUUUUCUUCUUUGUCACACACAAAUUUUUCAAAGAAAAAUGAGUCAAGAUUCCCUUGUGUGAACUUCCCUGUCUUCCCCUGCCAAUCAUGCAUGGCAUAGGCGACUUUGGUACACAGGAAGGAUGCUUGUAUACUGGAGUCCAUCUUCAGAUCAGAGCCUGACCUUUGCAAUGAACUCAUGAACUGAAGGAAGCAUUAAGAGAGCUUCUUGUGUUGGCCUUGUUCUUCCUUAUUCACGUCUUCGUUUUUUUUAAAAGCCCACAAUGUGUGAAUCUGUCAGAGGGAGGCUCUGGCACUGGCUGAAUGAAGUUUAAACAAGUCCUUACACGGAUUUCUUCUGCUAAUGUAAUUGUGUGUGUGUGUUGGGGGGGGGGGACUGCACACAUUUUGUAAAAUCUCCAGAAAACUAUGCAGAGAAUGUAAUCAACUUUUUCUCUGUGUCUCUUUCUCCCGCCCCUCCCUUUUUAGUGUCAGACUACUUAACUCUUUUUUUGAAAAUAAAAUGUUAUCAAAAAAAUAAAAUUGCUAAAUGUAUGGA